AUGAGAGAAGAAGAAGAAGAAGAAGAAUCAGUUUUUCCAGCUGAAGAGAAUCCAUCAUUGAAGAGAAACCGUCUCUGUCUCAAAGAAGAAGAGUUUUACUCAAACAAGAAACAAGCCAAAGAAGCUUCUAACGAUGACAUUAGAUCGGAGAUAUCAAACCCAGUCACGUCUCCGGUGGAUAUCACUAGCUCAGGUGAUCACAUUGGCUCUUGUUCCGGAAGUGAUUGUAGUUUCGUGUUGGAGAUUCCUAAGCAUCUUAGCACAACUGGGAUAACGAAAGUCACUUUUAAGCUCAGUAAACCACUAAAGGAGGAGACUUUAAGUGGUUUUCCGAUGGCCCAGGAGCGUAGAUGGAAGAGUGCUUCUUCAAAUGUAGGUUUGAAGAAGAAAGUUAAAGACUUUUUUCUAUCUAAUGUGAAGAAGCUGUUGUUGAGUGGUGUACUUGAUGGUGCGAGGGUUAAGUACAUUUCUAACUCAUCACCUCUGAGAGAGCUUGAUGGGAUAAUAUACUCGGGUGGGUAUUUGUGUGGAUGUGCUGCGUGUAAUUUCACGAAAGUUCUAGGUGCUUUUGAGUUCGAGGAGCAUGCUGGUGGAAAAACGAAGCAUUCUAAUAAGUACAUAUUUUUGGAGAAUGGAAGGUCGGUUUAUAAUGUAGUUCAAGAGCUGAAGACUGUUCCUGUUGGUGUUAUUGAGGAGGUGAUAAGGAAAGUGGUGGGUUCUGCUCUGAAUGAGGAGGGCUUUCAGGCUUGGAAAGAGAGUCUCCAGCAGGAUGAUAAUAACAUGGCUGAAGAUGAUUGGAAUCAUACCACUGCGAAUUCGUUUCAGUCCCUUGUCAGUUAUCCUGGUUCUGGUCGAUCUGUUGAUGAGAGUCAAGUCUAUAAUACCCCAUGUAUCCCAGAGACUAAUUAUGUUAGAAAGAAAGUAUGUACAAAGGUCACAAAAGCAAAGAAGCGUACCUCUCAUAUGUUUGGCUCGGAUUACCAUAAGAAAGUUUCUAAAGGCGGCAGGGAUAAUGACUUACACCGUGUGCUGUUUUUGCCUAAUGGGCUACCAGAUGGGACUGAACUGGCGUACUAUUUUAAAGGGAAGAAUCUACUGCAGGGUUACAAACAAGGAAGUGGUAUAGUGUGUAGCUGCUGCGACAGAGUGAUCUGCCCUUCACAAUUUGAAUCGCAUGCUGGAAUGUCUAUUAGGCGACAACCCUAUCAUCAUAUCUGCAUAUCUUCCGGACUGUCAUUGCAUGACAUAGCACUGUCAUUGGCGGAUGGCCAUGUCAUUACAAAUGGUGACAGUGAUGACAUGUGUUGUAUUUGUGGCGUCGGUGGAGAUUUGUUACUCUGUGCUGGAUGUCCUCAAGCUUUUCAUACAGCAUGCUUGAAAUUUCAAUCCAUGCCUGAAGGUAGUUGGUACUGUUCAAGCUGCAGUGAUCGACCUAUCUCUAGUAAAACGGCCAUUGUUACUGAUCCUAAUUCGAAACCAAUAGUUAUAAGACCGAGAAGAGUUAUUAAACCACCAGAAAGUGAAAUUGGUGGUUGCGUGUUCUGCAGGUCUCAUGAUUUUAGCGUUGGGAAAUUUGAUGAUAGGACGGUUAUUCUUUGUGACCAGUGUGAAAAAGAGUACCACGUCGGUUGUCUCAGGGAGAAUGAGCUUUGUGAUUUGAAAGAAAUCCCUCAAGAUAAAUGGUUCUGCUGUAGUGACUGCAGCAGGAUUCACACGGCUCUUCAGAGUUCUGUUUCCGGUGGACCACAAACUAUUCCCACACUUUUGUUAGACACGUUAAGAAGAAAGUACAGAGAAAAAGGAAUAAAUACUGACAAUGGAGAUACUGUGGAAUGGAGGAUGCUUAGUGGAAAAAGUAGAUGCCCAGAACAUGAACACUUGCUUUCACAAACGUCUACUAUUUUCAGGGAGUGUUUCGAUCCCAUAGUGGCAAAGUCUGGUCGUGAUCUCAUUCCUGUCAUGGUCUAUGGGAGAAAUAUAUCGGGGCAGGAGUUUGGAGGAAUGUACUGCUUGGUCCUGAUGGUGAAUUCCUUAGUUGUAUCUGCUGCGCUGGUUAGGAUAUUUGGUCAGAAAGUUGCGGAGCUUCCUAUGGUAGCUACAAGCCGAGAGUAUCAAGGAAGGGGCUACUUUCAAGUGCUGUUUGCUUGCAUUGAGAGUCUUCUUUCGUCUCUGAGUGUUGAAAACUUGCUUCUCCCAGCAGCUCAAGAAGCUGAGUCUAUCUGGACAAAGAAGUUUGGCUUCACAAAGAUGACUGAACAGCAAUUGCAGAAGUACCAAAGAGAAGUGCAACUUACAAUCUUCAUGGGAUCAUCGAUGCUGGAGAAGAAAGUGCCUAUAUUUUCUGAAUCAACUCCACUCAUCUGAUAUCAUCAUCUCUUGGAAGAUUCCUUUUUUAAUAAGCAUCAUCCAGUUUUGGGGGCUUGGGCUUCUAUCUUCUCCUUUCUGGCUCCUUUGAAACCACGUUCUUGUUUUCUUUUUUUUUUUGCAGAAGGGUCAUUUCUUGCGUACCUCUGUUAUUGUUCGUUUGUACAAACUCUAAUCAAAGAACAUUA